AGAUCAAGCAAUCUCGAAACUUUCUCUAUAUAAUCUUGUCUGCAUCGAAACUGGCCUCGUCGGACUACCUCCAGGAAAAUGGAAACCUGGUUUCUGAUCCUCAUCACCAUCUCCACCGCCGCCCUUCUCAAGGCUCUUUUCAAUCUCGUAUUUUCUUCCACCAACAGCCACCGCCUCCCACCAGGCCCCUUUAAUUUCCCCAUCAUCGGAAACAUUUUAUGGCUACGUAAAUCCUUCGCCGAUAUCGAGUCCAUCGUCCGCUCUCUGCACAAGAACCUCGGCCCUAUGGUCACCCUUCACAUCGGUUCUAGCCCCACCAUCUUCAUCGGAGAUCGUUCCCUUGCUCACCAAGCCUUGGUCCAGAAUGGUGCUGUUUUUGCUAAUCGUCCAGAGCCUACUGCUACUGUUAAAAUUAUCACUAAUAAUCAGCAUAAUAUCAACUCCUCCUUCUACGGCCCUACUUGGCGCCUUUUACGCCGGAAUCUUACUUCAGAAAUCCUCCAUUCUUCAAGGGUCAAGUCCUAUACUCAUGCUCGCAAGUGGGUUUUGGAAAUUCUUAUCAAUCGGUUUGAAUCGCAGUCGAAAUCCGGCGAUCCUGUUCUCGUUGUGGAUAAUUUUCAGUACGCCAUGUUUUGUCUGUUAGUUCUCAUGUGUUUCGGCGACAAGCUUGAUCAGAAACAAAUUGAAGAAAUUGAGAGAGUAGAACGUUCUGCCAUUUUGAACAAUCGUAAAUACGUUACACUCAAUUUCAUGCCAAGAUUGACGAAGAUCGUGUUUCGUAAACGUUGGUCACAGUUCCUGCAGCUUCAAAAGGAUCGACAAGAAGUCUUGAUUCCAUUGAUCAAAGCAAGAAAGAAAGCUAAUGAAGAGAAACAGAGGAAUUCAAACGACAAAAAAGACGACCAUGUCUUAUCUUACGUUGACACCUUGUUCGAUCUGCAACUUCCUGAAGAGAAAAGAAAACUUACAGAUAAUGAAAUUGUGGGUUUGUGCAAUGAGUUUCUCAACGCGGGCACAGAUACUACAUCAACAGCCCUGCAAUGGAUCAUGGCAAAUUUGGUGAAAUACCCAGAUAUUCAAGAGAAGCUUUUCAGAGAAAUUAAAGGGGUUGUUGAAGAGGGCGAAGAAGAGAUCAAAGAAGAGGAUUUGCAGAAGCUGCCAUAUUUGAAAGCAAUCAUUUUAGAAGGGCUGAGGCGACACCCGCCGGCACACUUUGUUCUGUCACAUGCGGUGACUGAAGAUGUAAUUUUGGGUAAAUAUUUAGUACCCAAAAAGGCAAAUAUAAAUUUCAUGGUGGCAGACAUGGGAUGGGAUCCAGAUGUGUGGGAAGAUCCCAUGGCUUUCAAGCCUGAAAGAUUUGUGGGCAGUGAUCGCAGCAGUGGAGAAGUGUUUGAUAUAACUGGAAGCAAGGAGAUUAAGAUGAUGCCGUUUGGGGUGGGAAGGAGAAUUUGCCCUGGAAUAGGGCUAGCAAUGCUUCAUUUGGAGUAUUUUGUGGCUAAUUUGGUGUGGAAGUUUGAGUGGAAGGCUGUUGAUGGAGAUGAAGUUGAUCUUUCUGAGAAGCAACAGUUCACAACUGUAAUGAAGAAUCCAUUACAGGCCUUCGUAUCUCCCAGAUUCAAAUAAUGGAUCUUCUCUGUAAAUUUAGUUUUUGUUCAAUCUUUUAUCACCUGUAAAAUUGCUUAAUUGCAAUUGAAAAUAGUCAAGCACUAGUAAAUUUUAAUUACAA